UAUGGUUUUGACGUUCCGCCGGCUACGCUUCCCAGCACUGUCCGCGCGUUGCCCAACACUGCUCGUCAGCUGACGUCACUGGUGCCCAAAAGAGUGCAACUAAAAAUCGCAAAGAAAAUCAGCUUGAAUAGCAAAACGAAUAGCGAAUAUGUUUUGCGCCGUCGACGACUGCAUGACCAACCUGACAGGGAGCCGCCAGCGCUCGUUCAAAUUUCCCCGCGAUCCCGAGCUGCGCCGCCAGUGGACACUCUUCUGCCGCCGCGCGGACGGCAUCAAUUACCAAGUGGAGCGCGUAUGCCAGAAGCACUUUGAAAUGGAGGAUUUCGAAAGGGAUUCGCGAUUCGAUGGCAAUCACACGCCCCUGAAACUGAGGCUGGAGGCUAUGCCCAGCGUGCACUCGCACGAGGAUAUCGAUUUGGGAAUCGUUGAGGAGCACUUGGAGCUAACAGCGGCGAGGGAGAAAACUCUCCUGGCGGAAUACCAGGAAGAGCCGGCCAAGGAACAGCCAGAGGAGACGGACAGCGACUACGACUUCGAGGAGCUGCCAGCGGAGGGGUGUAUGCAAGUGCAGGUGGUGGACGCCGAUGCGUACUUGAAGGUCUUGGAAAGGGAAAACACCGAACUGAAACGCGACAACUUCAAAAUGAAUCUGUCCAUCCAGACCAGUGAGAGGGACAUGGAGAGGCUGCAGCGGCAGCUGGACAACUCGAAUGAGCGCUAUGGACAGCUUGUAGGCAAUUUGGAGCAGAUCUUCUCCACGGCCCAAAUCGAAAAGAUUCAGAACGACAGACGUAUCGUGUGGCCCAGGACGGAUCUAAUAGAAGCGCAUAGUCUGUAUGCGGCCAGCAGGAGUGUCUACAACAUGCUGCUAAGCAAGAACUACCCAUUGCCCUCUGUGAGAACAAUGCAGUACUGGGAGGCCCGCGAGCGGAAGGCAACCACAACCGGAUCGAUGCAGACUGGCCAGCUUGGGGAUUCGGCGGCACCAGUGUCGACCAUGCACAAUCUGUUUGAGGUCAUUGAUGCCACCAACACGGAUCACAAUUACACCUAGCGUACAGCCAACAGCUCGAUCUGUUCUGCUACUGUCGAUACGACCAACUUGGAUCACAAUUACACAAAAAUAGAGUCACCAUAAACACGAACGACUUUAAUCGAGCCUGCAAAGCAU